AUGGCAACUAUAUCGCUGGAAAGUAAGACUAAAUUACCGCAAAAAAUCCUAGAAAUUAUUUCCGAUGGAUCGGCGCUUCUUUCGAUUCCGAUGAGUGGCUCACAAGCUCAAGAGACACUACUAGCCAGCGCAAAACACUUCAGUGCCGUAGAACCAAUAGUUGACAACACUGCAAGAGUAAGUUACGGAAACAUUAUUUUAUUUAAUACCUCAAUUUUUCAGUUACUCAGUGUAAUGGAGAGAAUCGUGAACGAGGAGGCGGCGAACGCUGGGCAAAUGGAGAAAGGAUUGGACGUUGCGUGUGACAUUCAAGAGUGUCUUCAGAAGAUCGAGCGUCAAAACUACUACAGUGCAGUUCCAAAAUCGUUCUCAGCCGAGAGUUUUGCGUCGUCAGUAGCAGGAGAGCGCCCACCAAAUGCUAAUAAUUAA